CAGGAUCUCCCAGAAGGCAGCCACACCGCUCUCACUGCCUUCUUGCAGCUGUUACCUCCAGCCCUGCAGGACAGGGGGCUGUAAAUUCAUCUGCAGCCGACUAGAGGACACCUCAUAUGCUCUGGUGUUGAGACCAGGAGGGAUCUCUGACUGAGAUUUGCCAACUAAACUUCUAUGCUUGCUCUGACGAGAUCAAGUUCUUUAGAUCAUACCUUUUUCUGGUCUCAAAGAAAGCUUGUUACUGUGGAAAAACAAAAUAAAGGAAAAUUUGGGUUUGAAAUUCAGACUUACAGGCUCCAAAACCAGAACACCUGCUCCUCAGAGAUGUGCACCCUGAUCUGCAAAAUCCAGGAGGAUAGCCCAGCACACUGUGCUGGCCUGCAAGCUGGUGAUGUCCUUGCAAAUAUCAAUGGUGUGAGCACAGAAGGUUUCACCCACAAACAAGUUGUUGACCUGAUCAGAUCAUCAGGAAACCUGCUAAUGAUAGAGACUCUUAAUGGAACAAUGAUUCUCAAAAGAAGAGAACUUGAGGCAAAGCUGCAAGUUUUAAAGCAAACCUUGAAGAGAAAAUGGGUGGAGUUCAGAUCUCUGCAGUUACAGGAACAGCGCCUGCUUCAUGGUGAUGCAGCUAACUGCCCAAGUUUGGAAAAUAUGGACAUAGAUGAAUCAGCUUUGUUUGGACCCCUGCCGGGUUCAGCUCUCCUGGACCGGAGUCGCUUAUCCAGUGAGAGCAGCUGUAAGAGCUGCCUGAGCUCCAUGACGAUAGACAGUGAGGAUGGGUACCAGACAUGUGUGUCUGAAGACUCGAGCAGGGAAGCCUUCAGCCGGCAGACAAGCACAGAUGAUGAGUGUUUUGUCCUCAAGGAUGGGGAUGAUUUUCUGAAGAGGUGUUCUUCAAGGAGGAACCAGAGCAUUAGUUCUGCUAGUAGUGGGUCCAUGUCUCCCUUGUGGGAAGGCAACUUCUCAAGCAUGUUUGGGACUCUGCCCAGGAAAAGCAGAAGGGGAAGUGUCCGGAAACAGCUCUUAAAAUUCAUCCCUGGCCUUCAUCGCGCUGUGGAAGAGGAAGAGAGUCGCUUUUAAUGGGUUGUAGUGCCCUUUCAUAUUAGCUUAUUUCAUAAAUGUCUUCAGAUUCAUUUAGACCAACUCCACCCAGCUUAGCGGGAAAGUGCAGAUGGAUUGCAAAACUGACAUCCCAUUUCAUGGCAAGAGUGAACUUUACUUAAAUUUUUGUAUCAUUAUGUUUGCUCCUUCAAUCAUUUUUGUAACCAGAACAACUCAAGUUCCAAGCAGGCAGUAGGAAAAUUAAGUAAUAAAUUAGAAAAUAUUAACAAAUUAACACAAGUGCCUGCUCAUUUUAAUGCUGCCUGUGAAGGCAAGAGUAAAAUUUAUUUUCUAGAUUAUUCAUGUAAAAUGUUGAGAACUUUUUGGAGUCAAGUGUGAAUAAGAAAGUGACAGAAUAUAAUUAUUUGGAAUACCUUCUGUAGGUUAAUUGGUAGGUUACAAAACUUUAUAUUUGCUUAAGCUCGGUAGCCUUUGGGGAGGCUUAUUAAUAGGCAAUUUUGAAUGUUUCUGUUCAAAUCUAUGAAAGAUUAUAAACAAAGAUGAUCAUCAGCCCUUUUUUACAUCCACAAUGACAAUAAAUCGGGAAGUAUACGAUUUAAUAUGGGGGUUUAAACUUUAUGAGCUCCAUGGAAAGAUGUUAUCUAAGAUGGGUGCUAAGGAAGCCUAUAGUAAGUCCUUUUUUAUUGGUAGCCUAAACAAAAUGGAUGAGGUUGUCAUUCUUACCUAAUUCAACUUUUGUUCUGCCUAAACAUUGAUGACAAGUCUAGCUCUCUCAAGAUCCUACAGCCUUGUGAUUUUUUUGAACAAAUGUCUAAAAUUUGAAAAAUUAGGAAAAGUAUUUUCCUCCUGUAGAUUUUUUUCCACAUUACUCCUCACUUUAUAUUAUAUAUUCCAAAUAGUUAUUGCCUCAGCGCUCUUUUGUCUAUUCGUUAUGUUAGUAUCACAUUACUUCUAGCCUUUCAAUCAUAUUUUUA